AGCCGCGUAUCGUUCCCAUUAGACAACUCUUGUUUUUAUUUUUGUGGGUUGUGCAUUGGCUAAUACUCUUGUUUGGUUUCACAGAACCGGAAACCCUGGUUUUAUUUGUUGAUGGCUUGGUUCUAUUAGUUUUGUGACCUGUGCUUUAUAAACUCACAUUUCUAGAUAUGAAAACAAACAUGUGAGACAUUGGUGGAUAGUUUGUCUGUGUUAAUUGUGUAAUCUCGUGCUUCUUAAGCUCACCUUUCGCACAAUUCUCUCACUUCUUACACCUGUCACUUAAUGACAAAAGUUGUAGAAUCUUUCAGAAGUAAAAACGGCAGGUGGAAGAGAACAUAGAUUCUUUACUAGUCACAAAUCUUGAUUUAUAUGCAGUGUUUCAAAUGUCAAUAUUUUCUCCUUUCUCUACUCUGGAUAUGUAUUUCACACUACUCCUAUGACUAGCUUAACAAAUAUUGUUGUUGGAAGUCCCUUUUACUUUUAUUUUUUAAAUUAAAUUUCAAUUUUUAUGUAUUAGUGGGUAAACACGUUUGAUAUCACAAUUUAUAAAUUUUAAUUAUAGUGAUUUAUGCAGUUAAACAUGUUUGUUUAUAUACAUUUAAAUUAUAUAGAAUCGUUAUUUAUACUUAUAAUGUACAAACUAAAAUAUUAGUAAGAAAAUAACUUGAAAUUGAAAAUAGAUACACAUAAGUUCAUGUUCCUUUCAUUUUAACUAAUACAUUAUAUAUGUGACAGUGUGGUAGAAGUUUGUAUAUACGCACACGUAUACACACUAUUUAAGUAUACGUAGUCAACCAUAGAUUGAGGAAUUGAGAUCAAUAAACAGUAUUUUAUAAGUUUACUGAGUCAAAAAUCUCGUUGGUCAUGAAUGAGUAGUUCAAGGCACUCUGUAAACGACAUGAACUUUAAGACAAAGACGCUUCAGAAAAACUUGCCUUUGAAUAAUCAUGCUUACAUUGUUCCUCUUCCUUUUUCCUACUCACAAGUUGGGUUUAUUCAUUUAUUCUACCUCUCAUUACAUAUGCAACUCCACUUUAUAAGAAAUACUAGUGCUUUUGGUAAUGGAGCAGUUGCAUAUAUUGCGUAUGUACAAACGGAAAGCAUAGAUUAUAUAAUAAAACCAGUUCUCAAAAUCUUCGUCACCAUUAUCUUCAAAAUCCUUCCAGAGAAAAGUGCAACUAUGAGUUCUCCUCUCAUCCAUGAAAUCAAAGGCCAAGCAUUUCGGUUCUUGAAGGAAAAGAUUAGAACUGCAAGGCUGGUUCUCACUGAUGUUACACCAGUACAGUUUGUAUCUCAAAGAAUGACAGAAGAAGCCACCAAUGAGAAUCCAUGGCCACCAGACACACAUAGCACGAGUGUAAUAUCACGAGCAGCCUUCGAAGUGGAUGAAUAUGAGAGAAUCGUGGAGAUUCUGCAUAACAGCAGGUUUUCGAAAUUUGAUAAAGGGUAUUGGAGAGCCUCAUACAAGGCUCUUAUAUUACUGGAACAUCUUCUAACUCAUGGACCUAAAAGAGUUUCAGAGGAGUUUCAAAGUGACAUUGAUGUUAUUGAAGAGAUUGGACAACUUCAGCACAUUGAUGAGAAAGGGUUCAACUGGGGUUUGAGUGUUAGAAAAUUAUCAGAAAGAGUGUUGAAGCUCUUAAGAAACAAGGAUUUUCUCAAAGAAGAAAGAGCAACAGCACGUCACCUUUCUCAUGCAAUCAAAGGGUUUGGAAGUUUUAACCCGCGAAGCUCAGCAAUGGAUGAAAGGUUAAGUGACUUACCUUCUAAGAUUUAUGGGAGAUGUAACUCUUACUAUGAUGAUCGCCAAUAUGAAAAAUAUGAUUUCACAAGUUUGGGAAAGAAGCUCAGUGCGGAUGGAAAUAAUAGAGAGCUACAAAUUGUUGAAGACAUGGACAAUUCAAAGCUGCUAAAGCAUGAAAAUGAUUCAAGUUCAGCAGACACAGAAGAACAUCAUCCUUUCGAUGAUCAAGAGAAACUGACUGUAGCAUCCUUGCUUUCUGUGUGAUGAUAUGUUACAAGAAUUUACUUAAGAUAUAUGUAUAGUUCUUGAACUAAUCAUAAGUUUGGACAAUGUAGAAUCAAGGAAGGUGGUAUAAAUGGUCACUAUUUACUUAACGAUGAAAUCAGAAAUAUGGUUACUGAUGAGGGAACAAAGAUUAUUAAGAAGUAA